AUGUGUCUGUUCCAGGAGACAGUGGCUGAGAGUAUGACGGUGUUGGAGCGUAAGAACCUUCGGAGGGCCAUGUACUCCAAGGAAGCUGCCAAGACUGAGGAGGAGCACGAAGGUGAGAGGUCAAAGUUCACAAACCUCCCCAUGAGACUGAGGGACUCCGGCUGUCAAUCACUCUCUGAUGGAAACCGGGGGGUUAGCAUCAUUGGUAUUUGCUUUUGGAUGCUUUGUUUGUGCAGACUGCAAAAUUACAGGUGAUAUAUUUACUGGGUGGUAACAUUUUAUGAAUUUACCCUCUGUGUCUCUAAAAUGUGAUGCCUCCACAGUUUUCCUAUCCUUGUAUCAGUCUCUGAACCUACUGUGGAACUAAUAAUGUAUUUGAUCCUGUUGUGUCUGUCUGUGGCCCAGUAGUAGUACUCAUCAAUGGCCUUCUUUUCUCAUCCUCUGUCACCAUUCACCACUGAUCUGUAAAAGACAUGGACUGGUCAAGUCCUGGGGCAAAGGCUCCACGUCUUUAAGAUCUGUUGAAAAGGAAGGGGGGGGGAUCUGAUCCUUGGGGGCCUGCUGGUUUCAUCCUUUUCAUCCUUUCCCUUUUCAACAACUGGUUUAGGCCUGGGAAACCAGGUGAAGAAUCAACACCAUUACUACUGGAAUAAAGUACCAGUGGGAAACAGGAAAACCAGCACACUGCUGCUCCCUAGGACCAGAGUCCCACACUGGUUUAGAAUAUAGAUAGAAGUUUUCUUUAAGCACAGAUCUCGGAUCAGCUAACCCUCCCCAUCCCCAAAUCAUUACCUCCUUCACAUUACUGACCCUAGAUCAGCAUCUAAGGUAACUGCAUCACACUCUGAGUCUGUUUGUUUUGUGUGCCUGUCAGUGUUGUUGUGACAGUGUCAUGCUGGUGGCAGUGCUCUCUUCAUUCUGUGUUCUGCGUUGUCACCUGUGUUCUGGUGGCACCCCGGUGUGGACUCGUGCGAUAUCCCCAGCACAGAGUGCUGCUGCUCUUUUAGCCGAAGCAGGGCCGACCGCAUGGUUUUAUAAGAGUGGUGACCGAUCGUGACCAGUCUGUGGCAUCGUGCUGCAACUACACUCCUUGCUACUUCCCAUGUAGAUCCUACCCUAUGUCCAUAUUGCUCCUAUUGGCUUGUAGCUUGAAGACUCUGCCCAUGAUCCAUUCUUACCAGUUCCCAUCCUCUUUCUCUCCCUCUCUCUCCAUCCCUCGCUCUUUCUUUCCUUAUCUAUCCCUCAGCCCUGUCCCAUAGACACGUAGGCGCCCAUGCAGUCAUCAGGUUUGCUUGCAGAUAUGAUGUAUAUUUAGAUGAGGGGAGGAGCUUCACUCACCGUGACCAAUGUGUCCUGCCUGCUCUCUACUGCUCUCCAUUCUCUGGCUAACCUUAACCCAACACCCGACACAUGAGUAUGAGGAUUUGUUUUGCCCAUCAGCUACAGCUAUACCAGUGGAGGCUGCUGAGGGGAGGACGGCGCAUAAUAAUGUCUGGAACGGAGCCAAUGGAAUGGCAUCAAACCAUGUGUGUUUGAUGUAUUUGAUACCAUUCCACAUAUUUCGCUCCAGCCAUUACCACGAGCCAUCCUCCCCAAUUAAGGUGCCACCAACCUCCUGUGAGCUAUAUCUCUUUCUCUUCCCCCAUUCUCUUUUUUAUUGUUUCUCUCUCUCUACCUAUCCCUCUAUCAUACGUCUCUCUGUCCUUCCAGAAGAGUCUGUGGAAAGUGACGAGGAUGACAACCUGUCCCAGGCCAUGCGUCACCGCGCCACCAUCCCCUGGCGCUCCUGUGGGGUCUACCUGUCCUCUGCAGGGCUCCUCCUCCUGUCGCUGCUCCUCCUAUCACAGCUCUUCAAACACUCCUUCAUGGUUGCAAUCGACUACUGGCUGGCCCACUGGACCUCCCACGUCAUCACUGCCAAGAUGGACGCCGCCGGGAGAAACUGCACCGUCGCUCAGGUCAGGGGUCAAGUUUGGUUCUACCAAACCAAACGGCAAUGUGCUUUCAAAACACUGUGGUUACGCUUUAUUCUACAGACCACUAUUUACAGUACAGUGUUGUAUUCCCUUAUAAAGGAGUGAAAUGGUAGUUUACAGGAUAAUUCCUGCUAACUACAGCAUUCAUUUCAUAUAUACAGCUGAAAUAGUAUCAUAAGAUAAUGUUAGAAAACAACACAUGUUGAGUUAAGUGCUGUACUUUUGACCUAAAAGUAAUGUUCCCAGACGGAGCCUCCAUAUGUGUGUGUUGCCCUUGAGCUACACUCAGUCUCAUCCUCAUAUGUAGAUUAAAUGGCAAUUCCACCACUUUUCAACUAAAUGUUCAUUAUCUCCAGCAUAAUACCACGAUCUACAUAUGUGAAAAAGGUUCAUUUCUACGUUUUGUACAAAAAAUAUAUAAAGUGAAAACGUUUUAAAAACUGAUUUUCAAACACUGUUUCAAGUUUUAUUAGUCGUAUGUACACCUUCUAAUGAAAUGCUUAGUUUCAGGUUCCUUCUCGACAAUGCAACAACAAUAAGAAAUAAUAAAAGAUAAGAAUACGACCAUAAAGUAAGGGAGUGAAAAGCUUGUGGCUGGGGUGUGUGUGGGGGGUUCUUGAUGAUGCUGGGGGCCUUCAUCAGGCACCGUUUCGAGUAGAUGUCCUGGAAGGGUGGGCGCACAGUUCCAGUGAUGUACUGGGCCGCCUUUACCAUGCGCUGGAGGGCCUUGCGGUCGUGGAUGGAGCAAUUCUCCUACCAGGCCGUGAUGCAACUGGUCAGGACGCUCUCGAUGGUGCAGUGGUAGUAUUUGGAGAGGACCUGGGUUGGUAUGCCGAAUUUCUUCAGCCGUCUUAGGAAGUAGAGAUGCUGUUGCGCCCUCUUGACAAGAGUGGUGGUGUUGUUGGUCCAUGUCAUGUCAUCUGUGAUGUGGACACUGAGGAACUUAAAACUGUUGACUCUCUCUACUGCAGUCCCGUUGAUGUGGAUCGUGGCAUGUUCACUCCUCUGUUUCCUGAAGUCUACAAACAACUCCUUUGUUUUGCUGACAUUGAGGAAGAGCUUGUUGUCCUGGCAAUUCCAGUUCACUUACCUCCUCCCUAUAGGCUGACUCGUCGUUGUUGGUUAUCAGGCCUACAACAGUGGUGUCAUCAGCAAACUUGAUGAUGGAGUUGGUGUUGUGCAAAGCCAUGCAGUCGUGGGUGAACAGGGAGUACAGUAGAGGGCUGAGGACACACCCCUGCGAGGCCCCUGUGUUAAGAGUCAAUGUGGAGGAGGUGUUGUUGCCAAUCCUCACAGCCUGUGGUCAGGAAGUCCAGAAUCCAGUUGCAGAGGGUGCUGUCCAGACCCAGGGCUCUGAGCUGGGUGUCGAGGUUGGAGGAACAAUAGUGUUAAAUGCUGAACUGUAGUCAAUGAACAGCAUUCUCACAUAGGUGUUCCUCUUGUCCAGAUGUGUUACGGCCGUGUGAAUAGUGAUGGAAAUGGCAUCUUCCGUGGAUCUGUUGGAGCGGUAGGCAGAUUGGAGUGGCUCCAGUGGGCCUGGCAUGCUGGCCUUGAUGUGGGCCAUGACCAGCCUCUUGAAGCACUUCAUGGGCUUGUUUUUCUUGGGCUGUGGGAAGAUGGUGGUCUCCUUGAAGCAGGUGGGGACUACAGCCUGGGACAGGAACAGGUUGAGAUUUUUCCUCACGUCAACCUCGGAGAAUGAAAGCACAUGGUCAUCCAGAGCAGCGAGAGUCUUCCUGGAUGGCUCGGUAUUGUCUGCCUCUAAGCGAGCAUAGAAUGUGUUAAACUCGUCUGGAAGGGAGGCUUCGGUGGGCACCAUACAGCUGGAUUUGCGAGUCUGAGUUGUCAAACAUCAAUUGAAGUUUGAGUCUGUCUUUUUGCGUCCCUAAUGGAUUUACAGAGCUCGUACCGGCUUGCCUUGAACGUGUCGCGCGCCGCCGAGUCAUCGGGGUUCGUUCUGCUGACAUUGAAAUUAUGCAGUACAGGCUCUCAGCAUGGUACGGAUAUCUCUGUUCAUCCAGGGUUUUUGGUUGGGGUAUGUCUGGAUUGUUAUUGUGGGUACAACAUCAUCAACACAUUUCCUAAUGAAGCCUGUGACUGAUUAUCUAUAUUCCUCCAUGUUGAAGGAUGAGUCCUGGGUGGAUGAAUCUUUGAACAUACAGUGCAUUUGGAAAGUAUUCAGACCCCUUGACUUUUUCCACAUUUUGUUACGUUACAGCCUUAUUCUAAAAUGGAUUAAACCGUUUUCCCCCCCUCAUCAAUCUACAAACAAUGCCCCAUAAUGAAAUAGCAAAAACAAGGUUUUUAGAAAUUUUUGCAAAUGUGUAAAAAACAUUCUACUGAAAUAUCACAUUUACAUAAGUAUUCAGACCCUUCACUCAGUACUUUGAUGAAGCACCUUUGGCAGCGAUUACAGCCUCGAGUCUUCUUGGAUAUGACGCUACAAGCUUGGCACACCUGUAUUUGGGGAGUUUCUCCCAUUCUUCUCUGCAGAUCCUCUCAAGCUCUGUCAGGUUGGAUGGGGAGCGUCGCUUCAAGUCCGGGCUCUGGCUGGCCACUCAAGGACAUAUUCAGACUUGUCACAAAGCCACUCAAAAUCAAAUCAAAUCAAAUUUUAUUGGUCACAUGCGCCGAAUACAACAGGUGCAGACAUUACAGUGAAAUGCUUACUUACAGCCCUUAACCAACAGUGCAUUUAUUUUAAACAAAAAGUAAGAAUAAAACAACAACAAAAAAGUGUUGAGAAAAAAAAAGAGCAGAAGUAAAAAUAAAGUGACAGUAGGGAGGCUAUAUAUACAAUAGAAUAAAGUGACAGUAGGGAGGCUAUAUAUACAGGGGGGUACCGUUGCAUAGUCAAUGUGCGGGGGCACCGGCUAGUUGAGGUAAUAUGUACAUGUGGGGUAGAGUUAAAGUGACUAUGCAUAAAUACUUAACAGAGUAGCAGCAGCGUAAAAAGGAUGGGGUGGGGGGGCAGUGCAAAUAGUCCGGGUAGCCAUGAUUAGCUGUUCAGGAGUCUUAUGGCUUGGGGGUAGAAGCUGUUGAGAAGUCUUUUGGACCUAGACUUGGCACUCCGGUACCGCUUGCCGUGCGGUAGCAGAGAGAACAGUCUAUGACUAGGGUGACUGGAGUCUUUGACAAUUUUGAGGGCCUUCCUCUGACACCGCCUGGUAUAGAGGUCCUGGAUGGCAGGGAGCUUUGCCCCAGUGAUGUACUGGGCCGUACGCACUACCCUCUGUAGUGCCUUGCGGUCAGAGGCCAAGCAGUUGCCAUACCAGGCGGUGAUGCAACCAGUCAGGAUGCUCUCGAUGGUGCAGCUGUAGAAUUUUUUGAGGAUCUGAGGACCCAUGCCAAAUCUUUUUAGUCUCCUGAGGGGGAAUAGGCUUUGUCGUGCCCUCUUCACGACUGUCUUGGUGUGUUUGGACCAUGAUAGUUCGUUGGUGAUGUGGACACCAAGGAACUUGAAGCUCUCAACCUGUUCCACUACAGCCCCGUCGAUGAGAAUGGGGGCGUGCUCAGUCCUCUUUUUUUUCCUGUAGUCCACAAUCAUCUCCUUUGUCUUGGUCACGUUGAGGGAGAGGUUGUUGUCCUGGCACCACACGGCCAGAUCUCUGACCUCCUCCCUAUAGGCUGUCUCAUCGUUGUCGGUGAUCAGGCCUACCACUGUUGUGUCGUCGGCAAACUUAAUGAUGGUGUUGGAGUCGUGCCUGGCCAUGCAGUCAUGGGUGAACAGAGAGUACAGGAGGGGACUGAGCACGCACCCCUGAGGGGCCCCCGUGUUGAGGAUCAGUGUGGCAGAUGUGUUGUUACCUACCCUUACCACCUGGGGGCGGCCCGUCAGGAAGUCCAGGAUCCAGUUGCAGAGGGAGGUGUUUAGUCCCAGGAUCCUUAGCUUAGUGAUGAGCUUUGAGGGCACUAUGGUGUUGAAUGCUGAGCUGUAGUCAAUGAAUAGCAUUCUCACGUAGGUGUUCCUCUUGUCCAGGUGGGAAAGGGCAGUGUGGAGUGCGAUAGAGAUUGCAUCAUCUGUGGAUCUGUUGGGGCGGUAUGCAAAUUGGAGUGGGUCUAGGGUUUCUGGGAUUAUGCUGUUGAUGUGAGCCAUGACCAGUCUUUCAAAGCACUUCAUGGCUACAGACGUCAGUGCCACGGGUCGGUAGUCAUUUAGGCAGGUUAUCUUAGAGUUCUUGGGCACGGGGACUAUGGUGGUCUGCUUGAAGCAUGUUGGUAUUACAGACUCAGUCAGGGACAUGUUGAAAAUGUCAGUGAAGACACUUGCCAGUUGGUCAGCACAUGCUCGGAGUACACGUCCUGGUAAUCCGUCUGGCCCUGCGGCCUUGUGAAUGUUGACCUGCUUAAAAGUCUUACUCACAUCGGCUACGGAGAGCGUGAUCACAUAGUCGUCCGGAACAGCUGGUGCUCUCAUGCAUGCUUCAGUGUUGCUUGCCUCGAAGCGAGCAUAGAAGUGGUUUAGCUCGUCUGGUAGGCUUGUGUCACUGGGCAGCUCGCGGCUGUGCUUCCCUUUGUAGUCUGUAAUAGUUUUCAAGCCCUGCCACAUCCGACGAGCGUCAGAGCCAGUGUAGUAUGAUUCAAUCUUAGACCUGUAUUGACUCUUUGCCUGUUUGAUGGUUCGUCGGAGGUCAUAGCGGGAUUUCUUAUAAGCGUCCGGGUUAGAGUCCCGUUCCUUGAAAGCGGCAGCUCUACCCUUUAGCUCAGUGCGGAUGUUUCCUGUAAUCCAUGGCUUCUGGUUGGGGUAUGUACGUACGGUCACUGUGGGGACGACAUCAUCGAUGCACUUAUUGAUGAAGCCAGUGACUGAUGUGGUGUACUCCUCAAUGCUGUCUGAAGAAUCCCUGAACAUGUUCCAGUCUGUGCUAGCAAAACAGUCCUGUAGCUUAGCAUCUGCGUCAUCUGACCACUUUUUUAUUAGCCGAGUCACUGGUGCUUCCUGCUUCAGUUUUUGCUUAUAAGCAGGAAUCAGGAGGAUAGAGUUAUGGUCAGAUUUGCCAAAUGGAGGGCGAGGGAGAGCUUUGUAUGCGUCUCUGUGUGUGGAGUAAAGGUGGUCUAGAGUUUUUUCCCCUCUGGUUGCACAUUUAACAUGCUGGUAGAAAUGAGGUAGAACGGAUUUAAGUUUCCCUGCAUUAAAGUCCCCUGCUACUAGGAGCGCUGCAUCUGGAUGAGCGUUUUCCUGUUGAUUAAUGGCCUUGUACAACUCAUUCAGUGCAAUCUUAAUGCCAGCAUUGGUUUGUGGUGGUAAAUAGACAGCUAUGAAAAGUAUAGAUGAAAACUCUCUUGGUAAAUAGUGUGGUCUACAGCUUAUCAUAAGAUACUCUACCUCAGGCGAGCAAAACCUUGAGACUUCCUUAGUAUUUGAUUUUGUGCACCAGCUGUUGUUUACAAAAAUACAGAGACCGCCACCCCUCGUCUUACCCGAGUCUGCCGUUCUGUCCUGCCGAUGUAGCGUAUAGCCUGCUAGCUGAAUGUUGUCAUUGUUGUCAUUCAGCCACGACUCCGUGAAACAUAAGAUAUUACAGUUUUUAAUGUCCCGUUGGUAGGAUAACCGUAAUCUUAAAUCGUCCAUUUUAUUAUCCAAAGCUUGAACGUUGGCUAAUAGGAUUGAUGGGAGAGGCAGUUUACUCGUUCGCCGUCGGAUCUUUACAAGGCACCCCGACCUACGUCCACGGUAUCUCCGUCUCUUCCUCACGCGAAUGACGGGGAUCUGGGCCUUGUCUGGAGUCUGUAGAAUAUCCUUCGCAAACGCCUCGUUGAAAAAAAAGUGUUCGUCCAACGCGAGGUGAGUAAUCGCCUGCAUUGUCUUGGCUGUGUGCUUAGGGUUGUUGUCCUGUUGGAAGGUGAACCUUCGCCCCAGUCUGAGGUCCUGAACGCUCUGGAGCAGCUUUUCAUCAAGGAUCUCUCUGUACUUUGCUCCGUUCAUCUUUCCCUCGAUCCUGACUUGUCUCCCAGUCCCUUCCGCUGACAAACAUCCCCACAGCAUGAUACUGUCACCACCAUGCUUUACUGUAGGGAUGGUGCCAGGUUUCCUCCAGAAGUGACGCUUGGCAUUCAGGCCAAAGAGUUCAAUCUUGGUUUCAUCAGACCAGAGAAUCUUGUUUCUCAUGGUCAGAGUCCUUUAGGUACCUUUUGGCAAACUCCAAGCGGGCUGUCAUGUGCCUUUUACUGAGGAGUGGCUUCCUUCUGGCCACUCUACCAUAAAGGCCUGAUUGGUGGAGUGCUGCAGAGAUGGUUGUACUUCUGGAAGGUUCUCCCAUCUCCACAGAGGAAUUCUGGAGCUCUGUCAGAGUGACCAUCAGGUUCUUGGUCACCUCCCUGACCAAGGCCCUUCUCCCCCGAUUGCUCAGUUUGCCGGGCGGCCAGCUCUAGGAAGAGUCUUGUUGUCACAGCUGCCCCUGCGCCAGGCUGCCCAUCAUUACGCACACCUGUCACCAUCGUUACGCACAUCAGCGCUUCAUUGGACUCACCUGAACUUCAUCACUGCUUGGUUACCUCCCUUAUAUCUGUCUGUUCCUCAGUUUGAUCCCGGUGUCUGCAUUAAUGUUGUUUCGUUUCCGUUGUCCAGACGCUAUCUGUGUUUUGUUCCUGUCAGUUUUUUUCAUUCAAUGUUCACUCCCUGUACUUGCUUCUCGUUUCCCAGCGUCUGUCCUUACACUUGGUGGUUCCAAACUUCUUCCAUUUAAGAAUGAUGGAGGCCACUGUGUUCUUGGGGACCUUCGAUGCUGCAGAAAUGUUUUGGUACCCUUCCCUAGAUCUGUGCCUCGACACAAACCUUUUCUCUGAGCUCUACCAACAAUUCCUUCGACCUCAUGGCUUGGUUUUUUCUCUGACAUGCACUGUCAACUGUGGGACCUUAUAUAGACAGGUGUGUGCCUUUCCAAAUCAUGUCCAAUCAAUUGAAUUUACCACAGGUGGACACCAAUCAAGUUGUAGAAACAUCUCAAGGAUGAUCAAUGGAAACAGGAUGCACCUGAGCUCAAUUUCGAAUCUCAUAGCAAAGGGUCUGAGUACUUAUGUAAAUAAGGUAUUUCUAUUCUUUAUUUGUAAUACAUUUGCAAAAAUUUCUAAAAACCUGUUUUUUCUUUGUUAUUAUGGGGUAUUGUGUGUAGAUUGAUGAAGGAAAAAAUGAAUUUAAUCAAUUUUAGAAUAAAGCUGUAAAGUAACAAAAUGUGAAAAAAGGGAAGAGGUCUGAAUAUUUUCUGAAUGCACUGUAUUCCAAUAAGUAUUCUUAAGAGUCCUGCAGCAUUGAGCCUGCCUCCUCUGUCCAGCGCCUCACCUUUCUCUGUGUUGGAGACGUUUUCAGACGAAUAAGAAAUAUUUUGGGGUAACUAGUUAUUUGCAGUUUCUGUGUACUUUUUGUUCAAUCAAGCACCUAGAAAAUGUUGCUGUGAGUGUGUGCAUUAAAGCCUGGGACCUGAUGACUUGCGUUUGUUCCCCGUGCUAUUGCCAAGGCUUUAGCUCAGUGGGCUUGACAGUCUUGUGGUAGGGCUGUCCCCGACAAAAAUAAAUAUUGUCUGAUGCUUUAAGCACUGCAGUUAAAAAUGAAGACACACAAAUUACUAAAGAGGGAGCCAGAGAUCAAUAUAUCCAUGAACUGCCACUUCAGAGAACAGAAAUCGAAUUAUAUAUUCAUUUAUGUAUUUAUUUAACCUUUAUUUAACCGAUGAACUCUUAAGGUUGGUUGAAGACACACAAAUUGAGUUAUCUAACCUGAAUUGUUUCUAUAGGUUCACCCUCACAAAGACGGGAUGGAUAUUUUCAUUAGUGCAAUGUCUCUCCACCUAUAUAUUAAUUAUUUCAUAUUUCAUCAUCAUAAUCAUAUUUGGUCACUUAGAAAGUAUUUUGCCAAAUGCUAUUGUAAUGUAAUUAUAGUGAUGUAAUAUCAUUAUUAGCACUUGAGUGAGUAUGCACACACAAGCUUGCGCACACACAGACACCCGCACACACAUUAUACUUGCAGGAGAGGGUAAGCUGUGUUAUUAACACAUUGGAGCCAUGGCAGGUGUGUGGGUUAUCCUGGUGCUACUAAAGGCUGCCUCUUAUUAAUAGAUCAUUCCUCUGCGUGUGUGUGUGUUUCCUACGUUGGGAAGGACAUUAAAACCCUCUGUCACGCUCUGGCUCCGGGACUGUGUAUUUUGAGCCAGGGUGUGUUCAUUUGGUUGUGUUUGGUAUUGGUUGUGUUGUAUUUGGUUGUGUUUCCUUGUUUGGUCGUGUGACUCCCAAUCAGUGGUAACGAGUGUCAGCUGUCGGCUCGUUAUCUCUGAUUGGGAGCCAUAUUUAAACUGUCAGUGUUCACCUUAGUGUUGUGGGUUUUUGUUCCGUAUCAGUCAUUGUAACUGAGGACUUCACGAUUCGUCAUUGUUUGUUGUUUUUGUAUUGAGUACUUUAAUUAAAUAAAGUCAUGUUCGUAUCGCACACUGCGCCUUGGUCCACUCACUUAACCAACGAUCGUGACAGAAAAACCCACCUUAACCAGAUCAAGCAGCGUGACGAGGAGAGAGGAUGGACGUGGGAGGAGAUGAUUGCGAGUCUGGCAAGAGGGAGAGAGGCCUGGGCCACGGGGAGGAGAGACCCCCAGGAAAUUUUUAGGGGGGGGCUCACGACGUCGGGGCAGCAGGUGUACGGGUUAGAGCGGUGCAAAGCGUUGGCAGAGAAGGCCGCCAGGUUAGGGGGGCCACUGGGCACAGAGGAGAGGGAAAGUGUGGAGGCACGGCGAGAGGUACUGGGGUGUGUUACCAGUCCGGUCCGGCCCGUUCCUGAUCCCUGCGUGGGGCCAGUGGUGUGUGUCCCCAGUACGGUCCGGCCUGUUCCUGCCAUUCCCACCAAGGCAGUGGUGCGCGUCGUCAGCCCAGCCCGGCCUGUUCCUGCCAUUCCCACCAAGUCUGUGGUGUGCGUCGACAGCCCGGCCCGGCCUGUUCCUGCCAUUCCCACCAAGUCAGUGGUGCGCGUCGUCAGCCCAGCCCGGCCUGUUCCUGCCAUUCCCACCAAGUCAGUGGUGCACGUCGUCAGCCCAGCCCGGCCGGUUCCUGCCAUUCCCACCAAGUCAGUGGUGUGCGUCGACAGCCCAGCCCGGCCUGUCCCUGCUCCACGCACCAAGCCUACGAGGUGCGUCGCCAGUCCAGCCCGGCCUGUCCCUGCUCCACGCACAAAGCCUACGGUGUGCGUCGCCAGCCCAGCCCGGCCUGUUCCUGCUCCACGCACAAAGCCUACGGUGUGCGUCGCCAGCCCAGCCCGGCCUGUCCCUGCUCCACGCACAAAGCCUACGGUGUGCGUCGCCAGCCCAGCCCGGCCUGUUCCUGCUCCACGCACAAAGCCUACGGUGUGCGUCGCCAGCCCAGCCCGGCCUGUCCCUGCUCCACGCACAAAGCCUACGGUGUGCGUCGCCAGCCCAGCCCGGCCUGUCCCUGCUCUACGCACAAAGCCUACGGUGUGCGUCGUCGGCCUGGUCCAGCCCGUUCCUGCUACUCGCACCAAGCCAAGGGUGCGAGUCGUCAGCCUGGUCCAGCCCGUCCCUGCUCCACGCACUAGGUCCACGGUGUGCGUCGCCGGCCCAACCCGGCCUGUUCCUGCCACUCGCACCAAGCCAAGGGUGCGAGUCGUCAGCCGGAUUCAGCCUGUUCCUGCCACUCGCACCAAGUCAAGGGUGCGAGUCGUCAGCCGGAUUCAGCCCAUUCCUGCUACUCGCACCAAGCCAAGGGUGCGAGUCGUCAGCCGGAUUCAGCCCAUUCCUGCUACUCGCACCAAGCCAGGGAUGCGAGUCUUCAGCCUGGUGAGGCCUGUUCCGGCUCCACGCACCAUGCAAAGGGUGCGUAUCGUCUGCCAGGUCCGGUCCAUUCCUGCCUCACGCGCCAAGCCAGGGGUGCGCGUCGGCAGUCCUGAUCCAGCUAACUGGGUCAGAUCGGACUGGGGGCACUACGGGGGGAUUGUAGUAGGGUGGUGGUCAAGCCCGGAGCCGGAGCCGCCUCCGAGGAGCAACACCCACCCAGCCCUCCCCUAUUUGGGGUGUAGGCGCGGUCGGAGUCCGCGCCUUUAGGGGGGGGGUACUGUCACGCUCUGGCUCCGGGACUGUGUAUUUUGAGCCAGGGUGUGUUCAUUUGGUUGUGUUUGGUAUUGGUUGUGUUGUAUUUGGUUGUGUUUCCUUGUUUGGUCGUGUGACUCCCAAUCAGUGGUAACGAGUGUCAGCUGUCGGCUCGUUAUCUCUGAUUGGGAGCCAUAUUUAAACUGUCAGUGUUCACCUUAGUGUUGUGGGUUUUUGUUCCGUAUCAGUCAUUGUAACUGAGGACUUCACGAUUCGUCAUUGUUUGUUGUUUUUGUAUUGAGUACUUUAAUUAAAUAAAGUCAUGUUCGUAUCGCACGCUGCGCCUUGUUCCACUCACUUAACCAACGAUCGUGACACCCUCCAGAUACAACUCCUCUCCUCACAGAGGCCCCUUCAGUUGUCGUUUGACCUUGAAUUAGAAUCCUAUUAAUUCUGUCAGGCCCUUAAAGGAAAUUUUCAUCUGAAUGAUUGAGAAAGAGGGAGGCGAUGUUGUUGGCAUCAGUGUACUCUGAAAGAGAGAGGAGGAGAGAGGGCAACGUGGUGUGAGUGCAUAAUGUCCAAAUGUAGUCAGUUCAGGCUUGGUGACUCAUGCAUUUGCCAACGUAGUCAGCUAAUUCCUGCCUAAUAAGUCACAAUUACUCAUCGUUAGAGCUCAUGUUACAGUAGUGCUCAGGGUUACUCUCAGUGGGAACUAAGUAUUGGUGUGUGUCUGUGUGAGAGUGUAUGUGAGAGAAGGGGUGUGAUGUUAUUUUGGUUUGUGAUAAGUUCUCUAAUGAACCCAGAGUGUGAUGGUCACAUGACUGACACACACACGCACGCACGCACGCACACUGCUCUCUAACCAAGCCUAUUUCCCCUGUGUUCCCCUCUGUAGGAGUGUGGUUUCAGCCACUCGUGGUACCUGUCAGUGUUCAGUGUGCUGUGCUGUCUGGGCAUCAUUCUGUGUCUGGUCACCUCUGUGGCCGUAGAGUGGACAGGACUGAGAGUGGCCAAAGAACUACACCACAACCUGCUCAGCAAGAUCAUACUGGCACCUAUGAGGUGUGUGUGUGUGUGUGUGUGUGAAUCAUGUGCCUUUCAUGGUACCUAUUACUUCUCGAGAGAGCAGGGUGUGUGUGUGUGUGUGUGUAUGAUGCAUUGGUGUGUGUGUGUGUGUGUGUGUGUGUGUGUGUGUGUGUGUGUGUGUGUGUGUGUGUGUGUGUGUGUAACAAUUGAUCAUCCUGGGGCCUGAGUUGAGACACUGUAUACAUUGUGAUCCACCCCAUUACCCAGAGGUCCAUCUGCCUUCCACACACUGAAACCACGGUGAUGCCAGCGCAGUGCCAGAUCACAGAUAAUUAAGGACCUUGUGGUCAGGGCUCUGUAAUGAACCCUUUUAGAUGAGGUGACGGCCAAGAAGAAUAAUCACUUUCAUUGUUUUCAAAUGUAAUUCCUUGCAACCCUCAGAGGAAUAGAAUUUGUAACAGAAACAUUGAUGAUAUACCAGCAGCUUUAUCCUUCCACUUGAGGUUGUACAUAUAGGACAGUAAAAAGCUUAAAAAUAUGAUCUUUCAGGUACAGUAAUGUAAGAUAUGAAACUGUGGUGUAGUUAGUCUGUGUGGUUGUCUCUUUCAGGCUGUUUGAGACCACUCCCCUGGGCAACAUCCUCAACAGGUUCUCCUCUGACACCAACACUAUAGACCAGGUAUUGCUCCACCACCCCUCUAUGUGUGUUAACACUAGAAGUAGCCACAACCAUACUGAGUUGGAACUUUCGAAGUCUAUGAAUCUCAAAUAGAGUUUCAUAUUUUUCUUCACGGUUUUGGAAGUAGCUACAGUCUGUGAACCCUUUGGUUGCUUUUCCUGGUAGAUGGUAGUAAUGUAAUGUUUUAUUGGUGGCUGUGUCCCCAGCACAUUCCUGCCACCUUGGAGUGUCUGAGUCGUUCCACCCUGCUGUGUGUGUCGGCGCUGGGGGUUAUCUCCUAUGUGACCCCUGUGUUCCUCAUCGCCCUGGUGCCCCUGGCCAUCGCCUGCUACUUCAUACAGAAGUACUUCCGGGUCGCCUCCAGGUGAGCACUUGGUUUGGGAAGUUUAUUUUUUUGUCUCUGUCACUUGUUUUGCUUCAGUUGAUCAGUUUAUUCAAAGGGCAGUGUUCUCAUCAGGACUAGUUACAGUAUGUCUCCCCUUUUCUCUAUCUCCUCUCUCUCUCUCUCUCUCUCUCUCUCUCUCUCUCUCUCUCUCUCUCUCCCUACUCGCUCCUCCCCUCCCCUCUCUCUCCCCCUCCUCCCCUCCCCUCUCCUCUCUCUCCCCCUCCCCCCUCCCCUCUCUCUCCUCCCUCUCUCUCUGGUCAGGGACCUCCAGCAGUUGGAGGAUAGUACCCAGCUCCCCCUCCUGUCCCACUUCUCAGAGACAGUGGAGGGCCUCACCACCAUCCGGGCAUUCAGGUAAAGAUGUUUUAAACAACAUUUUGACAGGGACCAGCUAGGUGGUUGUGUGUUUCUCCACUUAAACGUAUUACUCUGUGAUGGUCUCUCCUCCAGGUAUGAGCCCAGGUUCAGACAGAGGUUACUGGAGUACACUGAUGCCAACAAUAUCGCCUCCCUCUUUCUCACAGCAGCCAAUCGCUGGCUAGAGGUCCGCAUGGUAAUGAGAUCUACUCUAUAAUGUAUUCUACUCUACUAAACUUUUUUGUCUGGUGCUGUAUCCAAGGCAUGGUUCAUGUUGAUCAAGUUAUUACGUCUGCUCACAUUCUAUUGGGUGACUGCUCCCGCUAUGGGAAUUUUGAAUAUGACAGGAUUAUAUGGAUUUAUACUGAGCAUUUUUGUAUUUCUAUUUGACUAUAUAGUUAUCUGUGUAUUUCUCUCUAUAGAGUAUAUAUAUUUGUGUGUGGUGACUAUGUAUGCUGUUUCGCUAUAGGAGUAUAUAGGAGCCUGUGUGGUUCUGAUCGCAGCCGUGGCCUCCAUCACCAACUCUCUAUACAACCACCUCUCCACUGGCCUAGUGGGACUAGGACUCACCUACGCACUCAUGGUGAGGACCGCUCUGGGGGGUGUGUGUGUGUGUGUGUGUGUGUGUGUGUGUGUGUGUGUGUGUGCAUGUGUGUGUGUCUAAGGUCAAAGAUCUAAUGUAGUCACACAUUUCUUGAUGAAAGACAGGUUGAGUUGCCUGACUACCUGUCCACAUGGCUCCGGCCAAAUGCCACGCCCACUAGUGUUUCUUCUCCAUGAUGAGUCUGGAUUUGAUCUCCCUGACGUCUUACAGAAUGGAGCACAUUCUGACCGUUUUGAUUGGUCCCAGAAACCGAUGGGUUGGGCCAAAGCCAGCCUACAUGAUGACGUCAUCAACUUUGAUACUCUGAUUGGUUAGAUUUGUUAGAGACGAUCCAAUUGCUGAUGAAUUUGAAAUCUGCACAAACGAUUUCUAGGAUGGCAGUUUCAGACUGAAUUUACUGAACAAUCGAUAGAGCAGCUGAAUUCAGAAUGAGUCGUCAGGCAAGAGGUUGAGGCUCUAAACCAGUGAAACCUCUCUCCUCUCCUUCCUGUUACAGUAACUGUCUGUCACGUCUAUAAUGAUGUUGUCUCGUCUGUCUGUGUCUCUGUGUCCCAGGUAUCUAACUACCUGAACUGGAUGGUGCGUAACCUGGCAGACAUGGAGGUUCAGCUGGGUUCAGUCAAGAGGAUCAACGGCCUGCUGAAGACUGAGCCUGAGAACUAUGAGGGACUGAUGGGUUAGUACAGUACCACCUCUUAGCUCCAGACAUAACUCUAACCCUAGUACAGUACUACCUCUUAGCUCCAGACAUAACUCUAACCCUAGUACAGUACUACCUCUUAGCUCCAGACAUAACUCUAACCCUAGUACAGUACUACCUCUUAGCUCCAGACAUAACUCUAACCCUAGUACAGUACCACCUCUUAGCUCCAGACCCAAACCCUAACCCUAGCUUCAUUUCCACAUCCCGGUUCAAUCCAAACCCUAGCUCCAGCCGUAACCCAAACCCUAACCCUAGCUUCAUGUCCACAUCCCAGUUCAACCCUUACUCUAACCCUAGCUCCAGCCACAACCCUAACCCUAGCUUAUUGUCCACAUCCCAGUUCAAUCCUUACUCUAACCCUAGCUCCAGCCACAACCCUAACCCUAGCUUCAUGUCCACAUCCCAGUUCAACCCUUACUCUAACCCUAGCUCCAGCCACAACCCAAACCCUAACCCUAGCUUCAUGUCCACAUCCCAGUUCAACCCUUACUCUAACCCUAGCUCCAGCCACAACCCCAACCCUAGCCUCAAACACAACCCUAGCCACAAAGACAACCCUAACCCUAGCUCCAGCCCAAACUGGGUAGCUCUGGCUCAAUUUAACUGCUGCCUAUGUCCCAGGCAUGCUAGUGUGGUCCUGGAUAAUGAAGUUAUAGCUGGAAUCUAUGUUCGCUUGCGAUAUUACAACAACAAAGAAGUUACUGCAAACAACAAACACUUUUGUCCCCUCUGACAUCAUUGCACGCUUGAUAUAAUUUGUUUUGCCAUGCUGCGCAACGCUCCUCAGCUCUUUAGCGGAGGCCAGCAGUGCUGUUUUCCCCUACUACUCCCUCUCUCUGUCCAUCUCACCUGUCUCUCCCUCUCUCUGUCCAUCUCACCUGUCUCUCCCUCUCUCUGUCCAUCUCACCUGUCUCUCCCUCUCUCUGUCCAUCUCACCUGUCUCUCCCUCUCUCUGUCCAUCUCACCUGUCUCUCCCUCUCUCUGUCCAUCUCACCUGUCUCUCCCUCUCUCUGUCCAUCUCACCUGUCUCUCCCUCUCUCUGUCCAUCUCACCUGUCUCUCCCUCUCUCUGUCCAUCUCACCUGUCUCUUCAUUUCUCUGUCUGUCUCACCUGUCUCUCCCUCUCAUUCCAUGUCUCUCCCUCCCUCUAGCUGCAUCUCAGGUGCCGGAUGGCUGGCCAAGGCAGGGAGAAAUUCAGAUCCAGAACCUGAGUGUGCGUUACGACACCACCCUGAAACCUGUCCUCAAACAAGUCAACGCACACAUCAGCCCUGGACAGAAGGUAACAUACAGUCACACAGAAUGAAAGGGGGAGUGAGCAAGAAAAGUAAAAUGAAGGAAAUAUACUGUAGCCAACGAAAGGCAGCGUAGAGCAGUUUAUGUGGUGAUAGUGAUGAUGAUGAUGAUGAUGAUGAUGAAGAUGAUGUGUCAUCAAACAGACUUUCUUACUGUGGUUUCCAGGUGGGGAUCUGUGGUAGGACAGGAAGUGGGAAGUCUUCUUUCUCCUUGGCCUUCUUCCGCAUGGUCGACAUGUUCGAGGGUAAACACUGCCAAAAUGUUUGAUUGGACUUAGUUUUAUAAUUAUUUGUUUAAAAAAUUUAGGGGGUGUAUCAGCUUUAAUAUUGCAGAUAGAUUGUAGCUUCCUUCAAUGUAAUUGUCGGCAUCAUUUCUAAUCCACCAUAUAUAUUUUUUAAAUAUAUAUAUACAGUGGGGAAAAAAAGUAUUUAGUCAGCCACCAAUUGUGCAAGUUCUCCCACUUAAAAAGAUGAGAGAGGCCUGUAAUUUUCAUCAUAGGUACACAUCAACUAUGACAGAUAAAAUGAGAAUUUUUUUCUCCAGAAAAUCACAUUGUAGGAUUUUUUCUGAAUUUAUUUGCAAAUUAUGGUGGAAAAUAAGUAUUUGGUCAAUAACAAAAGUUUCUCAAUACUUUGUUAUAUACCCUUUGUUGGCAAUGACACAGGUCAAACGUUUUCUGUAAGUCUUCACAAGGUUUUCACACACUGUUGCUGGUAUUUUGACCCAUUCCUCCAUGCAGAUCUCCUCUAGAGCAGUGAUGUUUUGGGGCUGUCGCUGGGCAACACAGACUUUCAACUCCCUCCAAAGAUUUUCUAUGGGGUUGAGAUCUGGAGACUGGCUAGGCCACUCCAGGACCUUGAAAUGCUUCUUACGAAGCCACUCCUUCGUUGCCCGGGCGGUGUGUUUGGGAUCAUUGUCAUGCUGAAAGACCCAGCCACGUUUCAUCUUCAAUGCCCUUGCUGAUGGAAGGAGGUUUUCACUCAAAAUCUCACGAUACAUGGCCCCAUUCAUUCUUUCCUUUACACGGAUCAGUCGUCCUGGUCCCUUUGCAGGAAAACAGCCCCAAAGCAUGAUGUUUCCACCCCCAUGCUUCACAGUAGGUAUGGUGUUCUUUGGAUGCAACUCAGCAUUCUUUGUCCUCCAAACACGACGAGUUGAGUUUUUACCAAAACAUUCUAUUUUGGUUUCAUCUGACCAUAUGACAUUCUCCCAAUCCUCUUCUGGAUCAUCCAAAUGCACUCUAGCAAACUUCAGACGGGCCUGGACAUGUACUGGCUUAAGCAGGGGGACACGUCUGGCACUGCAGGAUUUGAGUCCCUGGCGGCGUAGUGUGUUACUGAUGGUAGGCUUUGUUACUUUGGUCCCAGCUCUCUGCAGGUCAUUCACUAGGUCCUCCCGUGUGGUUCUGGGAUUUUUGCUCACUGUUCUUGUGAUCAUUUUGACCCCACGGGGUGAGAUCUUGCGUGGAGCCCCAGAUCGAGGGAGAUUAUCAGUGGUCUUGUAUGUCUUCCAUUUCCUAAUAAUUGCUCCCACAGUUGAUUUCUUCAAACCAAGCUGCUUACCUAUUGCAGAUUCAGUCUUCCCAGCCUGGUGCAGGUCUACAAUUUUGUUUCUGGUGUCCAUUGACAGCUCUUUGGUCUUGGCCAUAGUGGAGUUUGGAGUGUGACUGUUUGAGGUUGUGGACAGGUGUCUUUUAUACUGAUAACAAGUUCAAACAGGUGCCAUUAAUACAGGUAACGAGUGGAGGACAGAGGAGCCUCUUAAAGAAGAAGUUACAGGUCUGUGAGAGCCAGAAAUCUUGCUUGUUUGUAGGUGACCAAAUACUUAUUUUCCACCAUAAUUUGCAAAUAAAUUCAUUAAAAAUCCUACAAUGUGAUUUUCUGGAUUUAUUUUUCUCAAUUUGUCUGUCAUAGUUGACGUGUACCUAUGAUGAAUAUUACAGGCCUCUCUCAUCUUUUUAAGUGGGAGAACUUGCACAAUUGGUGGCUGACUAAAUACUUUUUUCCCCCACUGUAUAUAUAUACAUUUAAAUAUACAUACAUACAUACAAAUACAAAACACCAGACUCAAUGUCAACAGUGAAGAGGCGACUCCGGGAUGCUGACCUUCUAGGCAGAGUUUUGCGCGUACUAUUUAAUGAAUCUGCCAGUUGAGGACCUGUGAGGCGCCUGUUUCUCAAACUAGACACUCUAAUGUGUUUGUCCUCUUGCUCAGUUGUGCACCGGGGCCUCCCACUCCACUUUCUAUUCUGGUUAGAGCCAGUUUGCGCUGUUCUGUGAAGGGAGUAGUACACAGCGUUGUACGAGAUCUUCAGUUUCUUGGUAAUUUCUCAAAUGGAAUAGCCUUCAUUUCUCAGAACAAGAAUAGACUGACGAGUUUCAGAAGAAAGUUAUUUGUUUCUGGCCAUUUGAGCCUGUAAUCGAACCCACAAUUGCUGAUGCUCCAGAUAUUCAACUAGUCUCAAGAAGGCCAGUUUUAUUGCUUGUUUAAUCAGCACAACAGUUUUCAGCUGUGCUAACAUAAUUGUAAAAGGGUUUUCUAAUGAUCAAUUAGCCUUUUAAAAUGAUAAACUUGGAUUAGCAAACACAACGUGUGAUUGGAACACAGGACUGAUGGUUGCUGAUAAUGGGCCUCUGUACGCCUAUGUAGAUAUUCCAUAAAAAAUCAGCAGUUUCCAGCUACAAUAGCCAUUUACAACAUUACCAAUGUCUACACUGUAUUUCUGAUCUAUUUUAUGUUCUUUUAAUGGACAAAAAAAUUGCUUACAAAAUUAUUCUACAAUGUAAAAAAUAGUAAAAAUAAAGAAAAACAACACUCAGGCUUCUACUUCCAGCUUAUACAUACUACACUGCUCAAAAAAAUAAAGGGAACACUUAAACAACACAAUAUAACUCCAAGUCAAUCACACUUCUGUGAAAUCAAACUGUCCACUUAGGAAGCAACACUGAUUGACAAUACAUUUCACAUGCUGUUGUGCAAAUGGAAUAGACAACAGGUGGAAAUUAUAGGCAAUUAGCAAGACACCCCCAAUAAAGGACUGGUUUUGCAGGUGGUGACCACAGACCACUUCUCAGUUCCUAUGCUUCCUGGCUGAUGUUUUGGUCACUUUUGAAUGCUGGCGGUACUUUCACUCUAGUGGUAGCAUGAGACGGAGUCUACAACCCACACAAGUGGCUCAGGUAGUGCAGCUCAUCCAGGAUGGCACAUCAAUGCGAGCUGUGGCAAGAAGGUUUGCUGUGUCUGUCAGCGAAGUGUCCAGAGCAUGGAGGCGCUACCAGGAGACAGGCCAGUACAUCAGGAGACGUGGAGGAGGCCGUAGGAGGGCAACAACCCAGCAGUAGGACUGCUACCUCCGCCUUUGUGCAAGGAGGAGCAGGAGGAGCACUGCCAGAGCCCUGCAAAAUGACCUCCAGCAGGCCACAAAUGUGCAUGUGUCUGCUCAAACGGUCAGAAACAGACUCCAUGAGGGUGGUAUGAGGGCCCGACGUCCACAGGUGGGGGUUGUGCUUACAGCCCAACACCGUGCAGGACAUUUGGCAUUUGACAGAGAACACCAAGAUUGGCAAAUUCGCCACUGGCACCCUGUGCUCUUCACAGAUGAAAGCAGGUUCACACUGAGCACGUGACAGACGUGACAGAGUCUGGAGACGCCGUGGAGAACGUUCUGCUGCCUGCAACAUCCUCCAGCAUGACCGGUUUGGCGGUGGGUCAGUCAUGGUGUGGGGUGGCAUUUCUUUGGGGGGCCGCACAGCCCUCCAUGUGCUCGCCAGAGGUAGCCUGACUGCCAUUAGGUACCGAGAUGAGAUCCUCAGACCCCUUGUGAGACCAUAUGCUGGUGCAGUUGGCCCUGGGUUCCUCCUAAUGCAAGACAAUGCUAGACCUCAUGUGGCUGGAGUGUGUCAGCAGUUCCUGCAAGAGGAAGGCAUUGAUGCUAUGGACUGGCCCGCCCAUUCCCCAGACCUGAAUCCAAUUGAGCACAUCUGAGACAUCAUGUCUCGCUCCAUCCACCAACGCCACGUUGUACCACAGACUGUCCAGGAGUUGGCGGAUGCUUUAGUCCAGGUCUGGGAGGAGAUCCCUCAGGAGACCAUCCGCCACCUCAUCAGGAGCAUGCCCAGGCGUUGUAGGGAGGUCAUACAGGCACGUGGAGGCCACACACACUACUGAGCCUCAUUUUGACUUGUUUUAAAGACAUUACAUUAAAGUUGGAUCAGCCUGUAGUGUGGUUUUCCACUUUAAUUUUGAGGGUUACUCCAAAUCCAGACCUCCAUGGGUUGAUAAAUUUGAUUUCCAUUGAUAAUUGUUGUGUGAUUUUGCUGUCACCACAUUCAACUAUGUAAAGAAAAAAGUAUUUAAUAAGAUUAUUUCAUUCAUUCAGAUCUAGGAUGUGUUAUUUUAGUGUUCCCUUAAUUUUUUUGAGCAGUGUAUAUACCUUUUACGGACCCAAUCUAUUUUACAAUAGUUAUAUUUUGUUUGUUUUUAUUCCUGUCCUUCCUCUACCCUCAACCUCUCCCAUCUAUGUAUGAUCUCCAUCCAGUUUUAUUUCUCUUUGCCAUAUAUUUUUAACUGUGCUGUUUCACAAAAGUUCUGAACCUAUAUACAUUCUACAGACACAGUAUAUUUUAUAUUUGUUAUCUUGUUGUUAUUAGUCCCACCCUUGAGCUCCAUUCAACUCCUCCCAUCUAUCUCUUAACACCAUCCAUUUGAAUUUCUAUUUGCGAUAUAUUUUUCAACUGUGCUGCGGUGCUUCACAAAAGUUCUGAACAUUUCUAUUCUCAUAGUUUCUACAGAUUGUAAAUUAAAGAUAAACAUUUUUACUAAAAGUAUUAUUAUAUUAUUGAUCAAUUGACUAUGAUUUUUCAAAUCACCCAGUAUUGCUAUCUGCAGCGUUAGCUCCAGGUAAAUGUUGCAAUUCUUCAGCCAUUGAACAUGCACCUGUGGAACGGACAGUACUACAUAUGGACAGUACCAAAAUAAAUGAUCUAAUGACUGUCUCUUUGAAGAAAAAUCUGCAGAGCUGGGAAGGUUGUAUCCCCCAUAUAUAUAACAUUCUAUUGGUUGCAAGAAUUUUAAUUGAAAAAUUAUACUUUUUGAAUCUGGUGUUGUUUUGCGUAUUAGUUCAUAAACCAUGUGCCAUGGAAUCGGUACAUCAAAAAUCGUAGGUUUAUUGACAGGGUCAUUUUAACAUAGCUGGCCUUCUCUCCCAACAGGGCGUAUCAUCAUCGAUGACAUUGACAUUGCUAAGCUGCCUCUGCAGACUCUGAGGUCUAGAUUCUCCAUCAUCCUCCAGGAUCCCAUCUUAUUCAGCGGAACCAUCCGGUAAGAGAACCCCCAUACUACGGUUCCAUCUAAAUCAGUGUUCUUCUCUCCUGGUUCUGGAGGGGCAACAGUGUCUUCAGCAUGGCUAGCACCAUUACACAUGAUUCAAUCAAUAAACUCAUCAUCAAAACCUGGAUUAGCUGAUUCAGGUGUUUUAGGGCUGGGCUGGAACAAAAGCCUGUAGGACCAAGAGUGAAGAACAUUGAGACAGCAUAUAGGAAGUUAAGCCAAAAGUAUUGAGGUAUUGAGAGUAAUGCAGCGUUGUGCUCCCAGCAGCAGCCGCGCCACACUACCUAGUGUGAGUUGUUUUAGGAGGGCAAUAGAGAGACGGAAGCUACUUGUAACUGGGUCAGUUGGCCGACUGUUGAAACUUCAGAGAGUGUCAUUUUAGGAGGUGUCUGAUAACCGGAUGCAUCUCGGAAAAAUCCAACACCAGUCAUUUAUUUUUGGACCGCUCAAAGGCUUUAUGUUUUAGAUGCACCCAGCUAAAUGAAAAGUCAACUCAGGACAAGCCCAAAAUUCCAAAAAGAGAAACAGAAAAGUAAUACAAGAAAGAUGACUAUGAAUUAGAUGAAAUAAUAGAAAACAUCCUGGCAGUAAAUAAUGCAUACUCCUUUGACACGGUACAUGAGUGGGAUUUGAAGUAGCAGGUUAUACUGUAUCAAAUCCUACUGGUAUAUGUUAUUAGAAUGUACUACUGGUCCAGUCCAAUGACCCUGUGGUAAGGAGUGUGUGUGUGUAUUUGUGCGUGUGUGUGUGAGAUCAUCAGGUUUAACCUGGACCCAGAGAUGAAGGCUACAGACGACAUGCUGUGGGAGGCUCUGGAGAUCGCUCAGCUCAAACCUGUAGUCAAGACCUUACCAGGAGGACUGGGUAAGGAGUGUGUGUGUGCGUGCGUGCAUGCUCUGAAGUUCUAGCUUGUUUAGGUUGAUGGAAUUCUACAUCGACUGAGGAUGAAGGGUCACCAUUAUGUAGAAUUAUGUUGAAUAUACACUGCUCAAAAAAAUUAAGGGAACACUUAAGCAACACAAUGUAACUCCAAGUCAAUCACACUUCUGUGAAAUCAAACUGUCCACUUAGGAAGCAACACUGCUUGACAAUAAAUUUCACAUGCUGUUGUGCAAAUGGAAUAGACAACAGGUGGAAAUUAUAGGCAAUUAGCAAGACACCCCCAAUAAAGGACUGGUUUUGCAGGUGGUGACCACAGACCACUUCUCAGUUCCUAUGCUUCCUGGCUGAUGUUUUGGUCAAUUUUGAAUGCUGGCGGUGCUUUCACUCUAGUGGUAGCAUGAGACGGAGUCUACAACCCACACAAGUGGCUCAGGUAGUGCAGCUCAUCCAGGAUGGCACAAUAAUGCGAGCUGUGGCAAGAAGGUUUGCUGUGUCUGUCAGCGUAGUGUCCAGAGCAUGGAGGCGCUACCAGGAGACAGGCCAGUACAUCAGGAGACGUGGAGGAGGCCGUAGGAGGGCAACAACCCAGCAGCAGGACUGCUACCUCCGCCUUUGUGCAAGGAGGAGCAGGAGGAGCACUGCCAGAGCCCUGCAAAAUGACCUCCAGCAGGCCACAAAUGUGCAUGUGUCUGCUCAAACGGUCAGAAACAGACUCCAUGAGGGUGGUAUGAGGGCCCGACGUCCACAGGUGGGGGUUGUGCUUACAGCCCAACACCGUGCAGGACGUUUGGCAUUUGCCAGAGAACACCAAGAUUGGCAAAUUCGCCACUGGCGCCCUGUGCUCUUCACAGAUGAAAGCAGGUUCACACUGAGCACAUGUGACAGACGUGACAGAGUCUGGAGACGCCGUGGAGAACGUUCUGCUGCCUGCAACAUCCUCCAGCAUGACCGGUUUGGCGGUGGUCCAGGUCUGGGAGGAGAUCCCUCAGGAGACCAUCCGCCACCUCAUCAGGAGCAUGCCCAGACGUUGUAGGGAGGUCAUACAGGCACGUGGAGGCCACACACACUACUGAGCCUCAUUUUGACUUGUUUUAAGGACAUUACAUAAAAGUUGGAUCAGCCUGUAGUGUGGUUUUCCACUUUAAUUUUGAGGGUGACUCCAAAUCCAGACCUCCAUGGGUUGAUACAUUUGAUUUCCAUUGAUAAUUUUUGUGUGAUUUUGUUGUCAGCACAUUCAACUAUAUAAAGAAAAAAGUAUUUAAUAAGAUUAUUUCAUUCAUUCAGAUCUAGGAUGUGUUAUUUUAGUGUUCCCUUUAUUUUUUUGAGCAGUGUAAUAAUGAACUACAUUCAUCAAUCUGACUCCAUUAUUAUGUGAAUAAAUGCAACAGGCCCUGUACAUCUCUGGAGGUUCUAAUCAAGGUAGAGCCUUCUAUCACCUCUCAGUAUGACUAUAAUGAACAUGUGUCUAUCUUGCACCAUUUGGCAAUUAUUAAGAGGCUGGAUACAAAUAGCUAAUCCUGGCAACCAGUGUUCUAGCAUUAAUUUAUUGAGUCAAGUAGACCAGGGAUGUCAAGAUGGAAUGCAAGCAUGUACUAUGUGUAGUGUAAAUAACAACUACCAAUAGACCUACUACAUUUUUAACGUAUAGUCAAUCAAAUAAUUACUCUGUAAUCAAGGAAUCAAGGAACUCAAUUCAACUAAUAGGAUUUAUUAGUCAUGAAAGAAUUAACACUCAAACAAUUAGUGUACCUGAUGGUCAAAUGCUGACCCUUCUACCUCCCGACGGAGUAUUCAGCUGUUAUCAGGUUCAUGCUCUACAACAUUUGCAGAGUACGACCCUACCUUACACAGAAAGCGGCACAGGUCCUAAUCCAGGCACUUGUCAUCUCCCGUCUGGAUUACUGCAACUCAAUGUUGGCUGGGCUCCCUGCCUGUGCCAUUAAACCCCUACAACUUAUCCAGAACGCUGCAGCUCGUCUGGUGUUCAACCUUCCCAAGUUCUCUCAUGUCACCCCGCUCCUCCGCACACUCCACUGGCAUCUACUACAAAACCAUGGUGCUUGCCUACGGAGCUGUGAGGGGAACGGCACCUCCUUACCUUCAGGCUCUGAUCAGACCCUACACCCAAGGUCACAUGCACAAGUACAAUGAAAUGCCUUUCUUAUAAGCUCCAAACCCAACGAUGCAGUAAUCAAUAACAAUGUAAUACUAAAAAUAUCAAGGUAGAACAAAAACACACGAGAUAUAAAAAAGAAGAAGAACAGGAUAAAGUUAAUUGUUGGGGUUAGAGUUUGCAAGAAAGGCAUUUCAUUGUACUUGUGCAUGUGACAUUAAUAAACUUCAAACUUGAAACAAUAAAACAUAUCACAAUUCGUAGCUCUUUAUGAACUCUUGAAACAAUCCAAACUAGACAAUUUAAUUCACAGUAACAUUCAUUUCGUCGAUUCAAGUUUUGAUCAGUCUUCACACCUCUCCUGGCGUCAGUGACCCCAGGACUUCCGUGGGAACGUCUAUUCCUGGAUAAUUGAGAUGUAAAUAACUCUCCUGUGAGAUGCAAAUAUACAGCCAUCCAUCUAAACGAUGUAUUGAGUCCUCAUACUGGGCCUCAGCGCCAGCAAGUUGCCAGUGUCACAUUCUCUCAUUCUUCCACUACACUUCAGAGAUGAGAGCUGGUGCUUAAUGAGAUAUAGAUGUGUCGGUCUCAUCAUGUCCAUCACUGGAAGAACAAUUUAUAUGAUUAGGAAAGCAGUAGAUCUGUGCAGCACCUGCUCUGAGUUGACCCCGGAUGAACCCUGCUGGCUGGUUAAGAGAGGUGCAGUGGGUUUGAGAGCAGUGGUGCCCUGACCAAUCUCUCAUCCUAUCAUACAUCGUCUGAUCUGUUGCAACAUGUGGCAUUUAUCUCUAGUCUUUAUAGUAGACUCUGUGAUGUCAGGACAGCUAUCUCUAGCCUUUAUAGUAGACUCUGUGAUGUCAGGACAGCUAUCUCUAGCCUUUAUAGUAGACUCUGUGAUGUCAGGACAGCUAUCUCUAGCCUUUAUAGUAGACUCUGUGAUGUCAGGACAGCUAUCUCUAGCCUUUAUAGUAGACUCUGUGAUGUCAGGACAGCUAUCUCUAGCCUUUAUAGUAGACUCUGUGAUGUCAGGACAGCUAUCUCUAGCCUUUAUAGUAGACUCUGUGAUGUCAGGACAGCUAUCUCUAGCCUUUAUAGUAGACUCUGUGAUGUCAGGACAGCUAUCUCUAGCCUUUAUAGUAGACUCUGUGAUGUCAGGACAGCUAUCUCUAGCCUUUAUAGUAGACUCUGUGAUGUCAGGACAGCUAUCUCUAGCCUUUAUAGUAGACUCUGUGAUGUCAGGACAGCUAUCUCUAGCCUUUAUAGUAGACUCUGUGAUGUCAGGACAGCUAUCUCUAGCCUUUAUAUUAGACUCUGUGAUGUCAGGACAGCUAUCUCUAGCCUUUAUAGUAGACUCUGUGAUGUCAGGACAGCUAUCUCUAGCCUUUAUAGUAGACUCUGUAUCGUGGCUGUAUGAUGUUAGUUAGUGCAUCUCCAACCUUUAGACUCUCUCUCUCUCUGUUCUAGCAGAAUAAUGGCUGCAGGAAAUUCUCACAUGAUGUACUCCAGUUAUGACUGAGAAAAAGUGUGUGUGUGUGUGCCUGUGCGUGCGUUUGAGUGGUGGCUAUACACACUGGACAGUGACAGAGAGAUGUAGAGACUGAAUUACUCAGCCCUACAGUUUCUGUUGGUAUUCAUUCCAGCUAAAUGUUGGAUUAGAUGUUGAUCAAUGACCAGCCAGUUAAAAGGAGGUCAAUUCACUCGACUGAGUUGACAAAUCCAUUUUCAUGGGGUCAAGCACAAGUUUAACAACAUUUAUGUGAUAAAUUGUAGGUAAUGUAACGUCAUUGUAAUACAAAUGUCAGGCUACUGAUACGUAAGGUGUAGUACAGUCCAGUAUUAUAAAGCAAGAUGUGUUGAAGGUGAUAAUAUUUGUUGUGUUGCAGACGCCACGGUGACAGAGGGAGGGGAGAACUUCAGCCAGGGCCAGAGACAGCUCUUCUGUCUGGCCAGAGCCUUCGUCAGGAAGUCUAGCAUCCUCAUCAUGGAUGAAGCCACAGCCUCUAUAGACAUGGCCACGGUGAGGCAGAAUUAUGUGUGUGUGGAGAAGGGAUGGGGGUGUGGAGAAGGGGUGGGAGUGUGGAGAAGGGGAGGGAGUGUGGAGAAGGGAAGGGAGUGGAGAAGGGAGAUGGUGUGGAGAAGGGGAGGGGGUGUGGAGAAGGGGAGGGAGUGUGGAGAAGGGAGGGGGUGUGGAGAAGGGAAGGGAGUGGAGAAGGGAGAUGGUGUGGAGAAGGGGAGGGGGUGUGGAGAAGGAGAGGGAGUUGUGGAGAAGGGAGGAGGGAGGAGGAGUGAGUAGGAAGGGGGGAGGGAGUGUGGGAGAAGGGAAGGGAGUGUGGAGAGAGGUGUAAGGGAGGUGUGGAGAAGGGAGUGGUGUGGAGGAAGGGUGGAGGGGGUGUGGAGAGGGAGUGUGGAGUGUGGAGAAGGGAGAUGGGUGUGGAGAAUGGGGAGGGGAGUGUGGAGAAGGGGAGGGAGUGUGGAGAAGGGAGUGGGAGUUGUGUUGAGAAGGGAGAUGGUGUGGAGAGGAAGGAGGGAGAGGGGUGUGGGAGAAGGGGAGGGGAGUGUGGAGAAGGGAGGGAGUGUGGAGAAGGGGAGGGAGUGUGGAGAAGGGGAGGGAGUGGGGAAGGGGAGGGAGUGGUGGAGAAGGGAAGGGAGUGUGGAGAAGGGAGAGGGUGUGGAGAAGGGAGGGUGGGUGUGGAGAAGGGAGACGGUGUGGAGUGGGGAAAGGAGUGGGAGAAGGGGAGGGGGUGUGAAAGGGGAGGGAGUGUGGAGAAGGGAGACGGUGUGGAGCUGGGGAGGGAGUGUGGAGAAGGGAGACAGUGUGGAGAAGGAGAGGGAGUGUAGAGAAGGGAAAGGAGUGUGGAGAAGGUUUAGGGUGAAAAAUGAGGAGAGGGGGAGGUGUAUGGUGAUGGGUAAAAUGAGGAGAGGGGGAGGUGUAGGGUGGUGUGUAAAAGGAGGAGAGGGGGAGGUGUAGGGUGAUGUGUAAAAGGAGGAGAGGGGGAGGUGUAGGGUGAUGGGUGAUGGGUAAAAGGAGGAGAGGGGGAGGUGUAGGGUGAUGGGUGAUGGGUAAAAGGAGGAGAGGGGGAGGUGUAGGAUUAAAGAGAGGAUAAAGUAAUUAUUCUAUAGAUGGAUGGGGACAAUAGAGGUAUAUUGAAAGGGGAGAGGAGGAGAAGAGAGGCCUAGGGCAACAGUGGGAGCGGGACUGAAUGAAUGGGUGCUUGCUAAAUAGGUUCAUUUCACUGCUGCACACUGGCUGCACACAUACAAAUGCACGUACACACCACACACACUCAUACGGACGAGAGCACAUUCACGCACAGUCACACUUAAGCGACCUGUCACAACGAGGGACUGCACUGCCUCACAGUAGCACAGGAGUAACCCUGGGGAAAUGAAGCAUAUCUUAAACAGGAGACUGAAGGGAUGCAGAGAGAUUGGACAGAAUUAGAGUCAGGAGAAGUGAUGUUUUGUGUUGACAUAGAGGUUGAGGUGUGGGGAAAUUCUGGUAACUAGAGAAUCCUUCCAUUGAUAGUGAGCCUCAAUCUUUGAAUACUCCAAUAAUCUGGUGACUCUUUGGUAUUACUUGUGUUUAUUACACACAUAUGGCAAUAUAAAACUUGUUUUAAUCAAAUGGGGACGAUUCAGGAUGCAUAACGGCCUUUGCAGGCGUGGUUCUGGGAUACUUGGGACGUCCCUACCCCAUUGAAGUUUACAUUUUAAAUGGUUACGGUAAGGGUUGUGGUUAGGGUAAGGGUUAAGGUUAGGGUAAGGGUUAAGGUUAGGGUAAUGGUUAAGGUUAGGGUAAGGGUUAAGGUUAGGGUAAGGGUUGUGGUUAGGGUAAGGGUUAAGGUUAGGGUAAGGGUAGGGAUGUCCUAAGGAUCCCGGAUAGCACUAUCCAUAAAUUUAAUUCAACUACUGGAAAGUAUUUAUGGAUAAAUAAAUACAACUUUUGAAACGCCUUUACCCACAAAAUAUAUUGGUGAAUAAAAAAUACAGUGGUUUGAUUCAUCCUGAAAGUUGCCAUAUAUUCAAUUGUUUAAGCCAUGAAAUAUUGGAGGUAGUCUAUAUAGUAGUCCUAUACAUCUACCCUAAUAAUCCUCUAAUCAUGGAACAGUGAUGACAACGGUCCACUCAUCCUGAACCAUACACUGCGUUCCAUAAUGAUUCAAAUAGGCUACAUUUCCCAAAUAUUGCACAGCUUGUAAUAAGUUAUCCUAAUAUGAUCCACUAUUGCUAGCGAUCCUCAGGAACAACCACAAAUGUGACAGAGGAAAUAAAGUUGAACUAACAAUGGAAUGGAAUGACGCAAAAUGUAAAGAAACUAAAGCCAAAGAGACAGUUAUGUGUGUGGGUAUAACUAAGGGUGACUACCGAUAGUGGCUAAUAUUUAACACAAUACAAAUUGUAAAAAAAAAUGAAAAAAAGUGAAAAGUCUGGGCAUAUAAUUAAAACAUCAUAGAAAUCAUAAAUCAACUCUGUAGAUUUGGCACUAUACUGUCAUUUGCGCAUGGCUACAGAAACCAAUAGCUCGGGUCUCCAAAUUUCAUCUCUGCAAGUUAUAAGGCCAGUAUUUUAAUAAACUUAAUUGUGGAAAAUGUGAUAUGUUGAUAUGCUUCAGUUUGCUGCCAUAUGACUGGUUUCACAUUUAUUUCUAUCAGAAAAAAGAAAGUAGAUGUUGUUCUACUUGGAACCGACAGGUUGAUCGACCUUAUUCAUCGUUUCAUCGCGCAUAAAGGUGAAUUAUUAGGGAAUUAAGUCAAGGUCAGAAUACAGUGUUUCUGUAGACACACCUCCGCCACACCUUCAUUUAUUCGAUCUCCACCCCAAACGAAUAGCGGGUGAAUAGCAUGCUAUUCACAAACUUAAGUUCAAGGUCAGAAUACAUUUAGAGAGAAAAGUGCAUAAAACCUGAAUUACGUUCCAUUUACAUGCGCUUAACUGGGGUCGGAAUUCCCCCCAUAGUGAAGGCACAAACUAUUUGACUUUUUUUAAGUACAGUGUACUCUGCAUAAGAAUCAUGGAUAUAAGAACGUCAUGUUACUACAGGCUCAUCUUCUGCCUUGGUCUUGUGACUGUAUUGUGCCUACAGGAGAGCAUCCUCCAGAAAGUGGUGAUGACUGCCUUCGCUGACAGAACAGUGGUUACCAUAGCAGUAAGUAUCUCUGUUGGAAGCUCCCCAGUUCGGUCUCACCGACAAGAAAGCCGAUACAUCCUGACAUGCACUGACAUCAGGUGACCACUGGAGACUUAUGAUAUAUUGAGCGCCAGUAGCUCUUCUGCUAUGACCUUCAUGCAAGUGGUUGCAAGGUUAUAACAUAGAUAUAGGAUGGGUGGAACUGGGUAACAUAGAGAUAGAAGUGGAAUCUGAACGGGUAACGCAGGAGGGUCCAGCUCUAGUCCUGGGGGGCCACCGUCCUGCUGGUUUGGGUUUUUCUAUUGGACUGCAUUCUGUGAGAGCAAACAUGCUUUUUAUGCACUUAGAAGUUAGAAUAACAAGAGUCAAAAGUGACUGCCAGGCAGCCAUGGUGGUAUCCCAUGGGGAAGUGAUAUGGAGAGAGGACCCUAGGAGACGGUGCACAACGCUGGUCCUCAGGGAAGGUAGCAAGGUAGGGUAGAUCCCUGAAAGAUCACUGAAAUGUAUCUUUAGUAGGUCUAUGGUGGUCAUAGUGUGCGGAGCAUGUACAGUAUAUUUGUAUUCUAUGUAACCCCGAAGACGGAAGUUGUUAAAAACGUUUAUAUUUCUCCCUAACCUCAUGUUUCUUUCGUUCUUUCGUUCUCUCCUCUUUUCUUUCUCUACUCAGCAUCGUGUCCACACCAUCCUGAACGCAGACCUGGUGAUAGUGAUGAAGAGAGGGAUCAUUCUAGAAUACGACAGACCCCAGGCACUGCUGGAGAAAGAAGACAGCGUCUUCGCCUCAUUU